CGACGUGCCCCUCAACCAGUCCACCUCUCUCGCGACGCAGCAGUGUCUGUAACCGAGCUCGACACAUCGGUUCAAGCUCUCAGUGCUGGUUGCUGCCAGCUCGGCCAAGUCGAUUGAUGGCACCGAUCGAGCUCCGAGCGGCUCCGGGCCGUACAACCUCAUUUUGGCUUUGUUGUCCGCCGCCUAAGUGCAGUUCGGCGCUGGGUCGCAUUCCAAGCCUUGCUGCGUCGCAGCUCACUGGCAGUCAAGGCCUCCGUCGUGACUGCACUCGUUUUGGUUGGUAUCAAUAUUGACCUCCCGGACAAUGGUACGGCACGGUACAUAUAUGUGGCCGACGGGCGACACUCUUGGGACUUGGCCGGCGCUUGCAUUUUCCUGGCACCGAUGGAAGGCAACGCUGCGUGGGCGCUCGCGGGCUUGACGACGGUCGCCGCUGCCGCAGCCGGCUACUACAUCGCGACGCAUCAUGGGCGCAAGGCGCAGCGCAGUGGCUCGACGACCGGGCCCUCGGGGCCCAUGACGCACCUGGAUUUGCACUUUGAGCACGCCGCCGCCUACGUGGCAUCGAGCAAGAAGCUCUCGAACGAAGAUAAGCUCGUCUUGUACGCGUUCUUCAAGCAGGCGACGACAGGUGAUUGCAGUGCCCCGAAGCCGUCCGCGAUCGACUUUGUCGCCAAAGCCAAAUGGGACGCUUGGACGGGGCUGCUCGGCAUGAGCCGCAUCGAAGCCCAGAAACGGUACAUUGAAGUGGUGUCAUCGAGCUGCAAAGGCUACGCGUUCGGCGUCCCGCUUGCCGACGCCGUCGGUAGCAAUACGAGCGACGACGAGAGCGACGACGGUAGCAGCGGCGGCGGCUUUGCCAUGGGCGGCGCCGCCAGCCAAGUUGUCGUCGACAAGACAACCAAGGAGUGGCAGGGGGUCGAGAACGCCUUCCACUAUGCAAGCACGGGCAACGUCGACGAGGUGCAAGCAAUCUUGGCCGCCAACGACUGCGCGAUCGACGAGCCGGACGACGAUGGCCGGACGAUGCUGCAUUGGGCCGUUGACCGCGCGCAGACUGACGUGGCAGCGUCGUUGCUUGCGCAGGGCGCCACCGUGAACGCGCAGGACAAGGACGGGAUGACGCCUCUGCACUACGCAGUGUUGUGCGAGCACUUGCCGCUCGUCGACCUCUUGAUGGCCCACGGAGCUGAUAUGAACCUUGGCGACGCCGACGGCGAGUCGGCGUAUGCUAGCGCAUCGUCGUCGCUUCGCGCCCACCUCGAUGCGCUGACCAAGUAGGUAGACUCGUGUCGUGGAAGAAGCGCUAUCAUGGUAUUACAAGCCGCUUUUAUAAGACUACGUCGACGACGGCAAGACCUAAUCUACUAGUACGUCUCUUGCCGCCCGCGUCGCAGUUGCGUGGUGGGUAUGGGUAGGUCGGUGUCUUAAAGAAACGCAUCUUCGUUCUGGUCGUCAA